AUGGAAACAUUUGGAUCUGCCCUCUGUCAUAGGAAAUCUGUUUUCUCUCUAGAGCUGGUAAGCCUUGAAUGUAUUGUAAAAGGCAUUGAGAAGGGGCAACUGAAAGAGGCGACUGAUGAGAUUGAGAGAUCACUUCAGAGAUCCAAGAAUGCUACCCUGAAUGUGGCUGUGAUUGGGCAAUCUGGUUCUGGCAAGUCCAGUUUCAUCAACGUCUUGCGAGGAAUUGGUCAUGAAGAGGCUGGAUCUGCUUUUGUUGGAGUUGUGCCAACCACCACAAAGAAAACUCCCUAUCCACAUCCAAAGUGUCCCCACCUGACCUUCUGGGACCUGCCUGGAACUGGGACCCCCAAAUCCCUUCCAAACCCUUAUCAAGAAUUAGUGGGAGAUGAUAAAAUUGUAUCUGAGCCGACUGUCUUCCUGGUGUCCAACUUUGAGCCGAAGAAGUUUGAUUUCCUAAAACUGCAAGAGACAGUGCUGCAGGAGCUCCCUGAUGAAAAGCGCUACACCUCUGUCCUCUUGUUGCCAAAUUUGUCUGAGUCUUUCAUCGAGAUGAAAAGAGAUAUAAUCAAGGAGAAGGUCUGGCUGCAAGCCUUCAAGGCAGCCAUUUUGGCCUUCUUCCCCAUUAUGCCUCUCUGCUGCGUCUUUAACUUGUCUGAACAGGAGGAGUGCUCGAAACUUUAUCAAGGCCAUUUUGGUUUGGAUGAGGACUCGGUCAGUCAGAUUGCCCAGGAGCUGGGCACAUCUGAGCAAGAGAUCACCAGCCUCAUGAAGUCCACAGAUUUCAACUCACUUGUGGAGGAUUACAGUACAAUAGCCAAUGUCAAGAAGUUUGCUGAAAUCAUUUUCUCAAUUACUGGACUCCCCCAGUCUUCUGUUUUCCAGUUUUACAAAGUCUACUUUCUGCAUUUGAAAUUCAUCGAUACAGUGGCGGAAGAUGCUAAAAGAGUCUUGGCUAAGAUUGAGGAGAUGAAGUAG